AUGAAAGUGACCGUGUGUUUCGGGCGGACGGGGAUCGUGGUGCCCUGCAAGGAUGGGCAGCUCCGCGUGCGGGACCUGACCCAGCAGGCCCUGCAGCGCUACCGCAAGGCCCAGGAGAAGGAUCCAGAUUCCUGGGUAAAUAUUCACCACCUGGAGUACACAGAUGGAGGAAUCCUGGACCCAGAUGAUGUACUGGCAGAUGUUGUGGAAGACAAAGAUAAGCUGAUUGCUGUUUAUGAAGAGCAAGAAACUCACCGCAAGACUGAUGGCACCAAUGGUGAUUUGACAGACAGAAACAGCCCAGACUCCUUUGAGACUGAGGUAGCGGCUCAGCUGGCUGCCUUUCAGCCCAUUGGUGGUGAGAUUGAAGUGACUCCUUCAGCCCUAAAACUGGGUACACCACUUCUAGUACGAAGGAGCAGUGAUCCAGCUUUGGGCCCAGCUGCUGACUUCCACGCAAGUGCUUCUCAUCCUAGUGACCACAGUCUCAAGCAUAUUGUGGCAGGUGCUUGCCAGGUAUCCUUUCAGGAUGGGGAGAUGAACCUCACUGGACCCGCAGAACUCUUGCCUCAGAGGGCCCGGCUCCCUGCCAGCGAAAUGACAAAAACAGUGGAAAUUUCUGGAGAGGGUGGACCCUUGGGAAUACAUGUGGUGCCCUUUUUUUCAUCUUUGAGUGGAAGGAUGCUAGGACUCUUCAUCCGUGGUAUUGAAGAAGAUAGCAGAUCUAGGCGUGAUGGACUGUUCCACGAAAAUGAAUGCAUUGUGAAGAUUAACCAUGUGGACCUUACAGAUAAAACCUUUGUGCAGGCUCAGGACAUUUUCCGUCAGGCAAUGAAAUUUCCAAGUGUCACCUUGGAAGUCCUUCCUCCAUACAAUCGAGAACAAUACGAGAAGUCUGCUAUUGCUCCUCUUUGUUUUGUGGAUAACGAAGGAAUUCCAAACCCAAAGAUUCCACCUCCUGUUCACCCAAAACCUGCUUUGAAAACAAUUAAUCCUUCUGGAACGAGCAGCUUUGAGUCAGGUGUACAGGCAACACUACAACAAGCUAAGAGCCCCAACCUCCCACGUCUGGCUAGAAAGUUGUCUUCUCCCUCACUGUCUCCUCUUAUGGGCUUUGGCAAUAAAAAAAAUGCAAAGAAAAUAAAGAUAGACCUGAAAAAAGGUCCAGAUGGACUUGGUUUCACUGUGGUCACAAGAGACUCUUCAGUACAUGGUCCUGGACCAAUUUUUGUGAAGAAUAUUUUACCAAAAGGUGCAGCAGUAAAAGACGGUCGUUUGCAGUCAGGAGACAGAAUCCUGGAGGUGAAUGGACGGGACAUUACUGGCAGGACACAGGAGGAGCUGGUAGCUAUGCUGAGGAGUACAAAGCAAGGGGAAACUGUCUGUCUGAUCAUUGCUCGUCAGGAGGAGGCCUUUCUACCUCGAGAACUGAAAGGAGAGCCAAACUGCAGUAUUCUUUCUCCAGAAACCACAGAGCAGCUGACCUUUGAGAUCCCUCUGAAUGAUUCUGGCUCUGCUGGACUUGGUGUGAGCUUAAAAGGCAAUAAAUCUCGGGAGACUGGAGCUGAUCUUGGGAUUUUCAUCAAGUCCGUUAUUCACGGAGGUGCUGCUUUUAAGGAUGGCCGUUUGCGAGUCAAUGAUCAGCUUGUUGCAGUAAAUGGGGAGUCACUUCUGGGCAAGUCAAAUCAUGAGGCUAUGGAAACACUGAGGCGCUCCAUGUCCAUGGAAGGGAACAUUCGUGGGAGGAUCCAGCUGGUAGUUCUGCGGAGGCUAGAGGUGCAGACAGAGGAUCACUCAGACCAGCAAGUCUUUCAGAAGUCAGUGUUUGGUGGGAGUCAUAACUUUGCAGCUGCUUCCCGACACAACGAUGCUGUUCUUCAGCAGUUCGUAACAUGCAGUCCUCAGGAAAGAAUAAAAGAGUUGCCAGUGUCUGAGCGUGGCAAUGGUGAAAAUGAAACCCCUCCACCUCUCCCACCACAUCCCAGCGAAGAUCUACUGGAUGAGGAUUAUACUCAUAGCCCUAUGAUAAAUUCAGCAGUGCGUUUAACAGAUCAGCACAUCCACUUCAGAUCUUUGACACCAGCCAAGCAGCCUGAAUCAAUUAAUCUGAAAGCCUCAAAAAGCAUGGAUCUGGUGGCAGAUGAAAGCAAAGUUGGUUUGUUGGCUGGACACAGAUCAGACUCUUCUGGCAAAGAUUUUGGUCCUACUCUGGGAUUGAAGAAGUCCAGUUCUCUCGAGAGUCUUCAGACUGCUGUGGCUGAAGUUAGGAAAAAUGAACUCCCUUUUCACAGACCCAGACCUCAUGUGGUCCGUGGUCGGGGGUGUAAUGAAAGUUUCCGAGCUGCCAUUGACAAGUCUUAUGAUGGUCCUGAAGAUGGAGAGGAGGAUGGUUUCUCUGAUAAGAGUUCUCACUCUGGUCAAGAAGCUCAGAACAUGGAAUCUCCCCCUCCAGGGAACCCUGAAAUAGAAGAUGCUGAAUCCAAAGCAAAAAAGGAUAAAAAAAAUAGAGAGAAAGACAAGAAAAAGGAAAAGGGCAAAUCUAAAAUCAAAGAGAAGAAGAGGAAGGAAGAGAAUGAAGAUCCAGAAAAGAAAAAGAAGAAGGGCUUUGGUGUCAUGUUGAGAUUCGGAAAGAAAAAAGAAGAUAAAAGUGGGAAAAUGGAUCAGAAGGGGAAUCCAAAGCAAGGCAUGCUCAAAGAGGAGGAGCUAGAGAAAAUGAAAGAUGAACGUGAAAGGAUUGGUGCAAAGCAUCAUGAGUUACGGCAAAAGCAACUGAGAGGCUUGAGUGAUUAUUCUGCUGGUCCUGGAGGACCUGACAUUGAUGAUGAUGAGGUGGAUCCCAAUUAUGCCAGAGUAAACCAUUUCCGAGAGGCUUAUCCACCAGCAAGCAUUUACAGACCAUCAUCACCAGCAGUAGCAGAAACCUUUGUAUAUCCACGUGAUUCUCCUUCAGCACCAGUGGAGAGGGAGCACUUGGAAGGACUGUAUGCAAAAAUAAACAAGCAGCACUACCCACAGACUCCUGGUGACAGUGGCUGCACAGCUGGUGGGAAUGCUGAUCGUAUCCAGAAAUUACGGAAGGAGUACCAUCAGGCCAGACGAGAAGGCUUACCUUUCUAUGAGGAUGAUGAAGGAAGAACACAUCUGCCUGAUUAUGACCAGCAUUGGGUGCCUGGAAAAGGUCCAGAUGGGAGUUCAUACAAUCUCCAGUUUGAGGGAAUGGAAAGGCAGUAUGCAUCCUUACCCAGGCGUGGACCUGCAGAGCCACUGGAGUAUUUAACAGGACCACGAGUAAUAUACAAAGGGAGAGAUCUUCCCUACUAUCAAGGAGGGCAGCCCGUUGUCCACCCAUCUAAGGGGAACUACAUCCAUGUGCCAGACACAAGAGUGGCAGAAUUGAGGUACCCCCAGUACUACUCAGCCCAGCCCAUCACAAACCAGCACAAAGGACCUCUCCGGCAGGACGUGCCACCGUCCCCUCCUCAGUCUCACCGCGCACCAGCUUAUAAUGAAAUUGUCCGACACCAUGGAACCAGUCCAGACCAGUACCAGUACAGGCAACAGGAUCCCAGGCAGAAGAACCCCAUGACUGCAGCUGUGUAG